AUGCCUCGCUCUUCCGGCUUCAACAGUCAGUCCCAACCUACCGUGAAUACCGUCAAGAAAAUGUCGCUCUCCUCCGUCCUUCAAAAGGGGAAAGCCUUCCUCACCCCCCGUACCUCCACCGACUCCAUACCCAAAGUCACGGCCUUCAUCUUCCCUAAGGUGGACCCGGCGAUCGAUGGUGAAGAUUGCGACCACGACUGCGAGACAUGCGAGGUCCAAUAUCCGAAAGGAUUCAAAAUUGACGAGGAAGAGAAGUUAUACGGACACGUAAAUGGGUUCGCUACACACAUGCUUGUGGCCACCGGGAAGACGGAUUGGGUAAAGGAUGUGAGUGAUGAGAAGGGGAGUGUGAUGGAAGCGGUUAGGGAUUGUAAGGUUGAGCCUAGUAACGGGAAACUGAUGCUCUCCGCCUCCAACUUGCCCCUUCCCUCCCACGAGCCCUACCCGCCACAGCACCGUCCUACAACCGUCCUCCUCCUCCCCGCCUUCACCUUUAUCGAUAACGUCACCCCCGCUACAGUGCCUCGGCUCAUCAACAACCACGUAUCUCCCGCUCCUACAACAUCCAUGCCUCUGAACCACUCAACCCUUCCUUCUCGAGGCUCCCGCGAAGCGCCCUUCCAAACCCGCCCAUGUCCCCACAAAUACCUUAUCCUAAUGUGCUCCCAACGCACUCGAGACGCACGAUGCGGGCAAUCUGCGCCCUUGCUAAAGCGAGAGUUUGAACGGCACCUCCGGCCUUUGGGACUGUAUCGAGAUAUGUAUGAUGAGAGACCAGGAGGGGUCGGCAUAUACUUCAUUAGCCAUGUCGGAGGGCACAAAUUCUCGGCCAAUGUCAUGAUCUACCGACGUGCGGACGCAGUCGGUAAGAGAAGAGAGGUUCCUGAUGAAAUCGGAAAUGUGAACGGAGAAAUAGAAGACGGUGGCCAGGAAACUGGCACAGAGAAAGAAGAGGACACAGCCGGGGAGGAGGAGAAAGCUAAGGGAUGGGAGGAGGAAGAGGGAGCUCAGUGCAUCUGGCUUGCGAGAGUGCGGCCAGAGGACUGUGAAGGUAUAAUCAAAUAUACCGUCUUGCAGGGCAAGGUUGUAAAGCCGGAGAGACAGCUGAGAGGUGGGUUUGAUCGGGCCAAGGGGCUCACGAGCUGGUAA